CAAUAUCCAAUACAGCUUAGUCAUACGUUGCUCCUACCCAAUUCUCCUUAGUCGCUACCUGUAACUGAUUUAGAACCGGCAUGCACUGCACAUUAUUUUUCGCAUUGCAAAAUAAUUGUGCUAACGUGCUUUGUGCCAGGAUGCAAGGCAGGAUAUGUCAUCGAACGAGAAGAGAUAUUUCUUCCGUGUUCCUAACGAUAAGAUUGAGGAGUGGAUGCGAUGCAUUCCACGAGACGACAAGAUGCUAACAAAUAAAUGUUACGUUUGUGACGUACAUUUUGCGAGUAGAUUUAUUUUAAAAACCUUCUCCCAUGUUAUAAAUGGAGAGAAAGUAGAAAUUCCACGAGAUCGCUGGGCAUUAACGUCGGAUGCAUAUCCAUCAAACUUCCCUAAUUGUCCUAAGUACAUUAGUAGGUCUGUACCUCAAAAACGAUCAACGCGAUGUCUCACAAGAAAUGAAGAACCAUCUAGGAAGGGAUCACAAAAAGACAAUACCAAAGAUUUGCAUGAUACACACUCCCAAGUAACAACUGUAGAAAAGGAAAUAGAAGAAUCCUCCACAUCUGAAGCAGCAACUACACAGCAUUCUGAGUUGUUAUAUGUCAAUAAAAUCUCUGCUUUGCACUCUGAAUUGUUAAAAGUCAAAGAGGAUUUAUAUCGGUGCAGAAAGCAAAAGAUGAUCUAUAGGAAGAAACUGAAAACUCUUCAAACAGAAAAUCUCAAGCUUCAAGAAAAUACUGAACUUAAAACAGUUGUCGGCUGAUAAACUUGAUUCCUUACCACUGAGACAGAAACUUGUAAUAGAGCACAUGCUGAAAGCAUGCCAUAUAAAAAACAAAAAGGGUAUGAGAUAUGACAUUAAUUGGUUACUUGACUGUUUGCUUGU